AUGAACUUCGGCGACGUGUGGACGUGCGAGCAGGCGCAGGAAGUCGUGCCUCUGCUGCGGCUAGUUACCGACGCCGACCGUCAGGAACACCAUAGGAAGCGACGCUGCUUCCUCAUCGCUGAGGCGGACGAGCAAGCCAUGGCGGAGUGGCGCCAGCGCUACCCGCAGGACGUAGCUGACGAGAACGCCUUCUGGGCGGAGAGAAGGGCAAAGCGGCGCGCGGAACGGGCAGACAGGCGUUGGCGGAAGGCACUGGCGAGUCGGCGGAAGGCACUGGCGAUAUCGCACUGCGACCUGGGUCAGGCGUCAUUCUUUGACGACACCGAUCCUCGGUGGGAAGACACGUUUCUGUCGACGUCGGACGACACCAGCGAAAAGGACGACUCGAACGACUCGGAGUAG